CAUGUUUUUAAAAGUAAAAUCUUGCUCCGGCCCAGCUCGAAGUUAUAAACUUGCGGCAGCGCAGGUGUCCCUAUUACCUGACUUCUUAAUUCUCCCACUUCUUCUUCUUCUUCUUCCGUCCAGUGCUUAUUCUCUUCUCAAGAUUUAUAGAAUAGAAGGGUUGUAAGGGUUGUUCGAUUCGAUGACGACUCGAAUUGCGCCCGGUGUGGGAGCCAAUUUGCUGGGUCAACACGCGGCCGAGAGAAAUCAAGACGCUACUGUUUAUGUCGGCAAUCUCGAUCCGCAGAUAAGUGAGGAGUUAUUAUGGGAAUUGUUUGUUCAGGCUGGUCCAGUUGUUAAUGUCUAUGUUCCAAAGGAUAGAGUCACCAACGAACAUCAGGGUUAUGGAUUUGUUGAAUUCCGCAGUGAAGAAGAUGCUGACUGUGCCAUCAAGGUGCUUAACAUGAUUAAGCUUAAUGGAAAACCCAUCCGUGUCAAUAAGGCAUCCCAAGAUAAAAACAGCUUGGAUGUUGGGGCAAAUCUUUUCAUUGGCAAUCUAGAUCCUGAUGUAGAUGAGAAGCUCUUGUAUGACACUUUCAGUGCAUUUGGAGUUAUUGUUACUAAUCCAAAGAUCAUGAGAGAUCCUGACACAGGAAAUUCCCGUGGUUUUGGCUUCAUUAGCUAUGAUUCAUUUGAGGCAUCUGAUUCAGCCAUUGAGGCAAUGAAUGCACAAUAUCUUUGCAAUCGUCAAAUUACAGUGUCAUAUGCUUACAAGAAAGACACUGAGGGGGAACGGCAUGGUACCCCGGCUGAAAGAGUUUUGGCUGCAAGUAACCCAACUACACAGAAGAGCAGACCUCAUACUUUAUUUGCCAGUGGACCUCCAACACUUCCGAGUGUUCCUCAGGCUAAUGGCGUUGCUCCGGUGCCUCCCCGACCCUUUGCUAAUGGGGUUGCUCCUCCUGCAAUUCCUGCCCUCCGUCCACAACCCCCUCAAGCUGCUGCAUUCCAGCCUAUGCCCGUUCCUGGACAACCAACGUGGCAUCAGCAACAGCCAGGUCAAACAUUGUUACCACCCGCAAUGCCACCUCCACCUCAAGUCCAGCAGUUCAGGCCAGCUCACCCUGGUAUGCAGCAGAUGCCACCACCUCCACAAGAUCCUCCCAGGCCUCUUCCACCACCAACCGUGGAAUUGCAACCACCACCAAUCUCAGCCCAAGAAGCCCUUAUAGUCAAUGCAUUAUGCGCGCUUGGCUUGGCCUUCGCCUUCUGGAUUGCGAACACUGUCUACUCCAUCGAACUCGUUACUCAUUCUUCUCUCACACUCUUCUUCAUCUGGAUUAUAGAGCUCCCCAUUGUGAUUCUUCUAUACAGUCGAUAUCGACAAAAUCGAAAGCAAUGCACGUACUUGCGAGCGGUUGGGAGAGGGGUUCUAGGAGUGCCUGUUGGGGCACUACUGAAUUUUUUAGGAGCUGUUGCCGUAGGGGCGCCUCUUACAUUUCAGUAUCUUCCCAAGACUGUAAAUUGGGCUCUUAUGAUGUCUGUGUUCACAACAAUUCCAGCGUCAUGUGUUCUUGGUUCAUCGUGGGCUGACUGGCGACGUAUAUUUGCACAAACAAAGCCAAAAGGAUCUAUAGAGUACCUGAUUUGUUUACCAGCACAUGGAGCAGUUAUUGGAGCAUGGUUUGGGGCUUGGCCAAUGCCUCUUGACUGGGAGAGGCCAUGGCAGGAAUGGCCCAUUUCUGUGAGCUAUGGGACAAUAGCUGGUUAUUUGGUGGCAUUGGUUGCAUCAUUGGGCUUUGUUCUUGCUUAUGGUAGAUCACAACAUAUCAAAAGAGAAUGAAUUGUAUUUCAGUGCAAACAAUAAUACUCAUGAUAAUUAGGAAGAUUUGGAAAUAAUUAGGAAGAUUUUAUUCUUUAUUUCUUGUUAUUCUUGAUUAUCAAUGGCCUAUAUAGGCAGACUCAUGAUUGUAUUCCAGUGCAAGCAAUAAUAUUCAGAUUUUCUACAUAUGA